AUGUCUUCCACCACUGGCAACACCGGCGCGAACGUGCUGGGCGCAAAGGACGCCAACCUGCCCGUGGCUGCCGCUGCCCCUCUCACCGGCAAGGACUCAUCAGUCAAGAGCAUGGAGUACCACCGCCAGGUCUUGCAAUCCAAGAUGGAGGCGCAACAGUCCGGAACCACCUACGUCUCUCCUUCAGACGAGAUCAUGUCACCCUGCACAGCCAAGCUGAACGCCCUUCGCAACAAGCAAGUUGGCAAGGUCAAGCCCAAGUCUCUCUUCGCCCAAGCAUCGUCUAAGAGGUUGCGAGGCAACGAGGGUAUCUUUGGCUCCAAGGCCGAUUCCCCGUCAUCCAACAACGCAUAG